GUUGUGCGUGAGCUGUUGUUUCUCUUGAAAUGAUUUCCUUAUAGGUAAAUUGAAGGUUAUGGAUAAACUAGAAGGGCUAUAUUUUAAAGCUUUCACUUACAAUUGCUUCAAGGAGAUGUGUGCGAAAGAAAUUUGGAGGUCACUUGUAAACUGGCUACAAAUCUCUGAAAUCUUCACGAUAAAUCAUGCAAUGGUGGAUAACUUACUACUGGCUCUAACUGUAGUUCAGAAGCUUUAUCAGAGGUUUGAAACUAUUAAUUGCCCAUAUUUGAAAGUCAUAACAGAUGAUCUUGUUUCCAAAUACGACUUACUAGACUGUCUCUUAAAACUUCUGGGCGAUAGCAACCAACAUGUUGUGUUCUCUGCAACUAAAGCGAUUGUGUUGGUUUUUCAAGUGGUUUCUAAGCAAACUAUAAGAGGCGAGUGGUUUCUGAAACUCUUUGACUUCGGGAAAGAAACUGAGUAUCCUUGGAAAAAGCUUUAUGUCAUGGAAAUGUUACAAAAUAUUCUCAAAAACGCACGGGAGACACCAAAGAGUCCUAGGAAUUAUCAGCAACGUAUAGAAGGCACAGUCGGUCACACCUGCUCCUGCACUACUCCUGAAAAUAAUUUAACAGAUACUAGUCUUUCAAGAAAUGAAUUAGUAGAGGUACUUUUGGGGAGUGUUAAUUUAAGACAUAUUUUUUUUCUAUAUGUUCCUUUAAUUGUGCGACCCAAUGGAAUGUAUUCUUUUAUGAAGAACUGUCAACAUACAGGGCUAGCUGAAGACUUCAUUGUACUUUGGGCUAGUCUGAAAUUAGGAGAUGCCAUCCAUGAACAAGAAAAUGUGAAGAAAGAAGCCAUUUUUGGGGCAAAAGAGAAUAACCUACUUGCCUUCCUUCAUUUUAUGGCAGAAAUUGCAAAAUACAUGAAUUUCAACUUUGAAGCAUGUCUAAAUAAGGAAGUAACUGAUUUGAAAAGCUGCAUUGGAGAACAAUAUUCUUUCCUGGGACCCCAAGAAUUUGGGUCAACCAAUGGUAGCAGACACAUAGCAGCCAAACUGUAUGAAUGGGACUCCAGUAGUAUCUUUGCAACAAGAAUGAUAAGUACUGAUACAAUAGAUGAUACUGUCAAUCAGUUUUGCAUUGUUACAGCUAUGUUGACCCAGUACCUUCACCACCCAAGACUUCCACCGCUGAUUUUUAAAAAGAUUUUGGAGAUUUUGUACAAUGUCUUAUUUAUUCCAAGCUCAGUAUUGUUUACACAUGAAAAUAAAGACAGUAAAUUACAUAAAAUCUUAAGGAGCCCUUCAGUCUCUUUCCUGAGUGUUGUUGAGUGUUGUCUCCUCGCCAGAAAACCCAGGAACCCCUCAGGAAUUGUGGGAUUCAGUGGAACAGAAAUAAAAAGUCAUCCAGGACUUACUGGGCAGACAGAAAGGACUGACUUACUAGCUCUGAGGAAAGCUUCACUAAUGGUUUUCAAAUCUGCUUUCAUUGUGCUAAAAUCAGCUGUUCAGCAGGAGGGUUCAUUUUUAUUCCAGAAGCUGUCUUUAUCUUGUGUGAACCUGUGUUGCAGGGAUGUUCUUUCUCUUGCUUGUGGUAAUCCUUUCAACAGCAAGUCAUCUGCACAGAAUUCCAUUGAAACAGAACUCUCCACCAGUCUCAUAGCACUGUUUGUUGACCAGGAUGAUGAACUUGUUGAGUUGAUGUUAGCUCUCCUAUUGCUUUUUCAAGAACUUCACAAGAAUUUUUCAAGCGAUGAAAUUUCCAUGAAAAUUUUACAACAGCUGAACCCGCACUGGUUGUUUGCUGCUUUCACCGAAUCAGUUGGGUUUGAUCCCUCGUUACUUCUCGAUCUUCUUAUUUCAUCAGAGACGCGAUUUCUGGAGUAUCUGACAAAAUAUUUACGCUUUGUUGUCAGUGAUUGGACAGAAUUCACCCAAUCGUUGGCGACUUACAGACAAAUCGAUGAAGAAGAGGACAAAGCGAUACACGGCGAUUUGGAAACGUGUAGUGAAAGGCGAAGAAAAAAUGAAUGCGGAAAGCUUGAACAGGAUGUUGAGUCUUCGCAGGAAGGUUCUGGCGCGCAGAUGUUAAAAACGUUUCCUCCUUCUCUAAAGGGCAAACAACCUUACAACCAUAUUCGCAUUGACACAAUUUCAAAGAACAGUUCAGAAAUUCGUUCUACGGAUCAUCGCUUGGGAAGAAAUGACAGUGAUUACCUUGGUGGCUUGAAAAGCAUUCUUGAGUCGUACUAUUCAAGCGACGAAUCCGACAUGGAAAUCGAAAGUCAAAGUGAAAAUUCAGAGACAACGGCUGACUGUGUUUUUGAGGGCUCCGACAGCUGCGAACUACAUUCGAUGACCUUUGAUAACAACAGCGUGGGAACAUUUGACUCGUCUGUCGCAAACGCGAGUCAUAUUGUUUGUGUUGCAGACAAGUCAUGCAAGGUUUUAGAUAAAGUUAUGACGAUGCUGAUUCGACUGCGAAUGUCAGUAAGGAGGCUGUUAUCCGGGGGACAUUUUCCGUAUAAUGCUGUACCUCUUAUCGCACUCAUGGAAAAUGUCGAGAAGUUUUACGAUGAUUGCUGACUCGUUGAUGUUAUA